UCGCGCAGCCGGCGUGGGUUUGAACCACGAGUAAAAAGUUUUUAAGCGAUUAUACAAUCACGAUUGUGCUUUUUGAGUCUGUUUUUCAAUUCUUGGUAUGCGAGAGAAUAAGCACUAGUGCAGGUGGAUGUUUUAAAGAUUGAUUGGCCUGUUUUAUUAUAAUCAAUGAGACAGAACUAGUAAAUUUGUAUGAGUGUGUAUAAGAGAGAGAGAGAGAGAGAUAGAGAUUGCUGAUCCACAAUGGUGUUUUUCACUUGUAACGCGUGCGGAGAGUCGCUGAAGAAAGCCCAGAUCCAAAAACACACCUCUAUGUGCAGGGGAUGCCAGGUUCUUUCCUGUAUUGACUGUGGAAAAGAUUUCUGGGGAGAAGACUAUAAGACCCAUGUGAAAUGCAUCAGUGAAGAUCAGAAAUACGGAGGGAAGAAUUAUGAAGCGAAAGCAAAUAAAGGAGAUGUGAAACAGCAACAGUGGAUGCAGAAAGUCCAAAUGACGCUUGAUAAGCCAGGUGUAAGUGCGCGGCUGCGCUCGGUGCUGCAGCAGGUUGUCGCCUAUGACAAUGUCCCACGCAAGAAAGCCAAGUUUCAGAACUGGAUAAAGAACAGUCUGAAGAUUUAUGACUCCAGUCUGCAGGAGCAAGUUUGGGAGAUCUUCUCCUCUUCUGACAUUCCACAGGCUGACAAAGCCGAACAACCCAAGAAUGUAUCACAUACGCCUCCAGCACCGGCUGUGCAAGAAGAACAAGCAAAGCCUGAGGAGAAGAAAAAGAACAAGAGAGAAAGAAAGGAAGAGCGACAGAAGAAGGGUAAAACGAGGCGAAUGGAAGACGAGCAAAAAGGACAGAACGGUGUAGAGGAGCCACAGAAAAACAAAAAGAGAAAACGCGGACAAAACACGGACGAGUGUGGUGAGGACGGAGAGGGUGUGGAGGAAAAGACAACAGAGAAAAUGAAGAAAAGAAAAAAAAAGCCGGAGUGUGAAGAGAGCACAAGCGUAGAGGAAGAAGAGAAUGGACAGGAAGAGCAAGAGGAGUCCACUCCUAAAGGGACGUUUAACUGGAAGGGAACAAUAAAGGCAGUUCUCAGAGACGCUCCAGAUGAAGGCAUCGCGCUCAAGAAGCUCCGCAAAAAGGUUUUCUCGGCGUAUUACUCCUUCAGCGGAGAAGACAAUUAUAAAUCCGAGGAGGAGCUGCAUUCUCUAUUCAACAAGAAGCUAAAAAAUCCCAAGUUCAAGAUACUGAAAGAAAAAGUCAGACUUGUUAAAUAAUAACCUUCCUUUUGGUUUGUGCAUUAAGCCAGAUGUGGAGAAGACGAAGAAUCUCAUCUGUCAUACGUCCUGUUCUGUUUCAUUUGUCUCCGUGGUUCUUAAAAUAAAUGUUCUUUAUGAAACAGUA